UUGGAGCAUGUUUAAAAUAAAGUGAAAAUUAUUUAAUAAUAACAUAAAUUCAACGAAGUUAUCUAAUUUAACGUUCUGUGCCGACUGGAAGGGAUUUCAAAUAUUAUUCAAACGCUACCAAAUAGGGUUUGGCGUUGAAGAUGGACCCGGCGAAGCCAAAUGAUCCAGUUGCUGGUGCAUCGUCUUCAUCAGAUGGACUACCCCCUGGAAUGGGUAUUGACGAUCCAGCGGACUUACAAAGAAUACUCUGUAUAUUCAAAACUCUGGAAACAAUAAUUAAGCCGAUAAAAACGCAGGCCGAUAUUAUGCGAAAUAGGAAAUAUUAUCUUGCCACCCAUUUUCAUCGAUACAAAUAUAUAAGUGGAGUUGCAAAGAUACCAAAGCCUUUUCCGACUUCUGGGACAUCUUACUUCUUGCGCCCGUAUGGCUAUUGGGUACGAGAUCCAGAUUAUAAUGCUCCUCCUCCAGACACCUCAACAGUGCCCAUGCCGUUUGAAAUAAGAGAGGGGUUGGACCGAACAGUCGCAACUGAAAAUAUACGUAAAUUGUUCAAAGAAUUGGAUGAUAUACUAAGUAAGCGGGGUAAGACUACAAGCGGACCUGAGUCCGAGGCAAAUAAAGAAACUCAGUAUGACAGACAUCCAGAGAGAGUGCAAGACACACCGGAAGACACAUCGAAAGACAAACCGCAAGACGCAUCGGAAGACACACCGCAAGACGCAUCGGAAGACACACCGCAAGAUGCAUCGCAAGACACACCGCAAGACACACCAAAAGACGGUGAACAGGACUAUGAAAAACAUUUGGCAAAGUUACUAAAGGGUACGAAGAUGUAAUUUUUUUGUUCAAGAAAUUCUAAUUGCUGACAGAAAAGUCGCGAAGAACAUCAUCACUCUUAUUACCAUCGAUGAAGUUAUAUCUACUCAUGAAAACAAUAACGUUGAAUGAAACCGAGGA